AUGCUGCGGCGGUGUUGGCUGCCACGCUGCCUCGUGCAAUACGCCGCUCUCUCUGCCGCAGCUGGGAGGCUCAAUGCGUUAUUGGACCUGCGAGCGCAAAAGCAGCCCGUCCCGGCGGACGUUCUUAGGCAGUUCCUGCGAACCGACGUCAUGCCGCUGCUGCGUGGAACCGUCGUGGAUCGCCGCCAUGACAGCGCCGAGUUGCGUCGCUCUAUGAGCCAGCUGCUCCGCGACGCUGCCUUUGCCGCCGUUGUGCUGCGUGCCCGCCCUGGCGGCGCCUACGUCAACACCCUCGUGGACUGCGUCAAGCACGACCACGAACGCAUGCAGUUUCUUCAAAAGAUGACCCCCAACCAGGCUAGUCGGGUGAUUGAGCAUCUCUGCCGCGCUGGGGUGCGGGACUCCGCCGUCUACGCCGCGCUGGCGGCGCGUCUAGACUUUCACCUCCUUAAGGAAGUGGGGCGGGCCAUGUUUGCCUUGGCGGAGGAGAGAAUGUACCUGGAGGUGGUCGCCUACAUAGUGCCCCUGUACUGCGGAGAGACGUGGACGCUAACCUUCGACGGCGGGGUGGGGUACACAAACCGUUUGAACAAAAACUGCAACGUAUUUGAUGCCGUGCGUCUCCUGCGCGUGCUCUCCAAGGCGGUUCGCGGCGUGGUCGAGCAACAGCGGUUGGACGCGGCGAAGGGGUCGAUUUACCCGCUUCCCGUUGAAAGCAUCCAGCAGCUGCGGACGAGUCUGACGGUGUUUAUUAUUGACAACAGUGAGGUUCUCCGUGGGGGGCACUGGAUCAACUUCACGCGCGCCAUGGUGCACUUCCCGCCUGAGUUUAAGACUAUGAAGGGCCUGGAGCGGCACCCCUCCGUGCUGCAGGCCGUGGACGCACAGCGGCUACCCCGGCGCGACGCCCGACGCGGUCUCUCUGACACCGUUGACACCGAUGACAUGGCGGCACUCGGGUUGAAUCACGUUUUUGCCCCAGUUGAACAGCAGCAGCAGCAGCAGCAGCACACGGCUAUUGGGGGUGAAAACUGGAAGGAGCCUCGCUUUGACGUCCCAUCCAUCGACCUCACAAAGCUCCUUUACAUCAUAGAGGAUGUGCCAAUUCCUAGGGCGCUGCAGCAGCGUCGCCGCCAACUCGUCACACAGGCAAUUGUGAAGGACAUGAAUACGCUCCAUUUCACCGAUCUUGUGCGGUUUAUUCAGGCGCUCCGCCGUGUGGAAGGCUCCGCCGAGUUUUCGUCGUCGUUGAAGGCUGCGGUUGUGGCCAUCAACCAGCUCCUGGAGAGGGGGUCAAAAAACACUGGGGUGUACAUUCCCUAUGAUCGGCUUCUGACCCUGGCCAGCCUUCUCACGGCGUUCCGUGUAAAGAGUUGCAAGGGUUUUGUGAAUUACCUUCUUUGCCUCCUCCCCACGCUGGACACCAUGACCGUGGAGGAGGCCACCUCGUUGAUGAACGCGCUGGCCACGGUGGCGGAAGUGGACGGUGUGGAGUUGUGUUCCCGCGUUGGGGGACAAAUUUUGGAUAAAGUCGCUCUCGGCCGUGAGGAGGCGGAAGCCCCGGCCUUGGUGUUAGCGUGCCCGCUGCCAUCUGCGAAGCUGCUGCGUGCCACGGUGCUGCUGAGCGCGGCUCCCUCCUCGGGCGCCGUGCGCCGCAUAUUCGGCGGCACGGAGUCGGCGUUGACGGUGUCGCCGGCGCUGCGAGAGGCGGGCGCCUCCGUUCUCUUCGACGUGGCCCGCUCCCUGUACCAUUUUUCACGCCUGAAGCCGCCCGAUGCCGCCUGGGCGGAAACCGUGUGGUGCAGAGGCAUCGUCGGCGCCCUGCUGCCGCUCUUGGCACAACUGACGGCCGAGUUUUACGAGGCGGUCCUCGCGGCUGACGGGGGUGGGCGGCGGUGCCCCUCCUACGUCCCGCUCGCGUGGCGCAGCUCCGCGGAGGCGGUGUUUCCGUGGGUGGACGUCAACCUGGACACCGUCUCCCUGGCCACGAUGCAGCGGCGCCUCGAGGCGGUCUACCCGUGUUGUCGCCAAAUCGCGACGCUGGCUGUGGGCAUUGCGGCGGCGCAGCGAGAGACGCUUUUGCGCCACCCCGCGGCCGAGCCACUUGCCUUCUCGUCCAACGCCAUUGUUCACAUGCUCUCCUUCCUGCUGAUGCUUGAGCACAUGCUGUACCACGGCACCUGGCAGGCGGAGCUUGACGACGCCGCGGCGGGUGUAAGGGAGAAGAUGCAGGCAAUGAAGGCGGACUACGUCGCGAGUCUCUCGACCCCGGUGUGCAAGGAUGCGCAGGGAGCGGAGGUGACGGCACUUGCGCUCAUUCCCCGCCUCUUCUCGUGCGGGGACGGGGGCGGGGGCGACCAAGCGCCGCCUCUGCUGGACCGCGGCAGCAUCCUCGAGAUCACCACCAAUCUCCCCUUUUCCGUCUCGCUCGUGGUGAGCCCAGGACCGAUCAAUGAGCUCUUCUGCGAGCAGGCCGCGGCGGCCGUCGUUGGCGUUGAUAAUUGA